AUGUCUCAACCAGAACCGUUUGACGACGAAAAUGAAGCUUUCAUAAAAACUCUUGUGGCAACUUACGUGCCCAAGGCAGUCACUUCACAGGAAAUAGAGGCACAUGUUGAAAAAGACAUGGUUCUUAAGGAUCUUGUUGCAGCUCUGGAAGGCGGUCAAUGGACCGAGGCUGUCAAGUGUUUCAAACCAUUCGAAUCCAAACUAUUCCGAUCAGUAGAUCUCAUGAGAAGCCAACGUAUAAUUGUACCAGAGUCGCUGCGGUCUCGAAUUCUCCAACUGGCUCAUGAGUCACACCCGGGAAUAAUAUCUAUGAAACGAAAGCUGCGUCAAAAAGUGUGGUGGCCCGGGAUGCACAAACAGGUGGAGAAAAUAGUGAAAAGCUGCAAAUCAUGCAUGAUUGUGUCUGCGCUCGACCCUCCGGAACCCAUGCGAUCUACGUGUAUGCCGGAAAGCAGCGGACUUCGUCGGGCCAUUACCGUCUGGAUGAAUCUUUUGGUUAUCGUUGAUUAUUUCAGCAGGUUUAUAGAGGUGAUAGUCCUGAAAGAAAUUACUGCGGCAACGACGGUCAAAGCCUUCGACGAGACGUUUUGCCGGUUUGGGAUGCCAGAGACCCUUAAAACCGACAACGGUCCACAAUUCAGAAACGGGGAAUUCAAAAGCUUCUGUCAGGAGUACGGUAUCGAAGUUCGUAAAAGUACUCCUUAUUGGCCACAAGCGAAUGGGGAGGUUGAGCGUGUAAAUGGCAUGAUAAAGAAACAUCUGCGAAUAAGUCAGGUAGAAGAUACGGAUUGGAAGUGGAACCUACAAGUACAAAUUCAACUCCUCACUCCACCACAGGCGUCGCACCAUCUGUAUUAA